GUGGACAGGGAUGUCGGGGCAGCGAGUGUGUGUGUCCGACUUCGAGGACGAAGCCAGGAAAGUUCUUCCUAAAGCUGUGUAUGACUACUACCGCUCAGGAGCUGACGAGCAGAACACACUGGCUGACAAUGUCGCUGCCUUCAGGAGGUGGUAUAUUGUCCCCCGGGUGUUGAGGGAUGUGUCCACAGUGGACCUGUCUGUCUCUGUGCUGGGCGAGAGGCUCAGUAUGCCUGUCUGUGUCGCAGCCACAGCAAUGCAGAGGAUGGCUCAUCCUGAGGGAGAGACAGCUACAGCAAGAGCAUGCCGAGCAAUGGGAACAGGGAUGAUGCUGAGCUCCUGGGCCACCUCCACUAUAGAGGAAGUGAUGUCAGCAAUGACAGCCUCAGCGGGUGAUGGGGGUGUCCGUUGGCUGCAGCUUUACAUCUACAAAGACCGAGAGCUCACACUGUCAUUGGUGCGCCGUGCGGAGGAGGCGGGCUAUAAGGCUAUCUUUGUAACCGUGGAUACGCCCUACCUGGGGAGGAGAUGGGACGACAUGCGCAACCGCUUUAAAUUGCCCUCCCACCUGAGUAUGUCUAACUUCUCAACAGCCUCCCUGGCUUUCUCUGAGGGAAACUAUGGCAACGACAGUGGUUUGGCUGUUUAUGUUGCAAAAGCCAUCGACCCGUCUCUCUGCUGGGACGACAUCGCCUGGCUGAAGAAACACACACACCUGCCUGUGAUUGUGAAGGGAGUACUCAAUGGUGAGGAUGCUGUCCAGGCUCUGAAUUAUGGUGUCAGCGGCAUCCUCGUGUCCAAUCACGGAGCUCGACAACUGGAUGGGGUUCCUGCCACGCUGGAUGCGUUAGAGGAGGUGGUGAGGGCAGUGCAGGGUCGCUGUGAUGUCUACAUGGACGGAGGAGUCAGGCGAGGGACAGACGUCCUGAAGGCUUUAGCUCUGGGAGCCAAGGCUGUCUUCAUCGGUCGACCAGUGCUGUGGAGCCUGGCCUGUCAGGGGGAACAAGGAGUUAUUGAACUCCUGGGACUUCUAAAAGAGGAGCUGCGCCUGGCUAUGGCACUGUCAGGUUGUCGCUCUGUAUCCGAGGUGAGCAGAUCCCUGGUCAGGAGAGCAGAGUUCACGUCCAGGAUGUGAGAGAAUCAUCAGAGGACACAGUCUUGGCGGAUCACUGAGACUCACUCGUUUGUCAGAUUCAUCC